AUGCCCUGGGGCAUGGUGAAGUUGCUGCCAAUGGAUGGUGGAUCCAGCCGUGCUUGCCGUGGAAUCACCCAAGGGCAGACGGGGUUCGUGUCGCGCCAGUACAACAUGUGGACAGCUCAGACUUUGGAUGAUUGCAAGGCCCUCUGCACUGGAUCCUGCACUGGCAUUGAGUUUCAAGCCUCCAACAAGUAUUGCGAGGUUUGGUAUGGAGACAUUCUCUUCUCCACCAAAAGCGAAGGAUUUGAAUGUUAUGUGAAACAAGAUCAGGACAGGGAGUCAAAGCUGGCCAUGAUUCGUCCCCAGGAUGAUAGCUGCCUGCGAUCAGAGGUGAAGGGCUGCGGCGCGCUGAAGGAUCGCUACAGCUGCCUUAGUAGCAAAGAUGGCAGCUCCACUGGUGACAUCUAUGGUUUGCAGGUCACGAAUGAGCCUUGCGUUUGGUGUGGGGGUGGGUUUUGCCGCACUGGAAGCGACAACAAGUGCGAACCUUUUGACUUCCUCUUGCGCGGGAUGGGCAAGGAGCACGGCUUCGACAGCUUCACAGCGGUUGGAACUUUUGAAACCCCAACGUGCAAGGCAGGGAAACCAACUGUGUUCGAUGAGGCAGCACAGAUGGUCUUUGGCAACGUGCAGUGUUUGAAAAAGCAGCCGGAAGGAUGUGGUGCCAUCAAGGAUCGAUCCACCUGUCUUUCCAGCGUGGAUGGGCGACAGUUUCCUGGACUGAAGGUGGAGAACCAGCCCUGUGUGUGGUGCGGAGGGGCGCCUUGCAACAUCGACAACGGCAAUCUUUGCGAGCCCUAUGGCUUUGCUCUGAAUGAGAAGAGCGGCGCCUUCCACACCUACUUUGCGGCAGCUUGUGAGGAUGGCAAUGUCGUGGAGGAGUCCAUCUCCACUGCUAUGGCCCGAACGGGUGUGGUCACAUCUGUCGACUGCGGCAUUCCGAACCCAAUGUGGCUGGGUGUGAGCAAGAGCUGCGGCUUCUGCCAGGCCCAAGUGGCGGAGCAGGCAGCUGCCUCCUACCGCUCUUGCACUGCCUAUUGCCAAGCCCAAGGUGGCCUGUCAUGCGCGAAAGCAUUCAACGGCUUCAUGGCCAGCUGCGAUCUUGGGACGGAGACUACCUGCGAAGCCGUGUUUGAGGCAAACAGCCAUCCAGUGUGCCAGUGCCAACCAGCAUCCGUUAAGGAGAGGGAAGCCAACGCCAACUUUGCAGCUGCGUUGCCACGACCCACUGAGGAAAAGACAGUAUGCCUGGACGUUGUCGCCGCUGGCUGUGGAUCUCUCAAGGACAAACUCAGCUGCCUUAGCAGCAAGGAUGGCUCUGUGGCAGACUACCGUGGAUUGAAGAUUGCUGGCGAGCCAUGCGUUUGGUGCGGUGGAGGGGCAUGCACUGACCAUGAUGAGAGUGUAUUGUGCGCCGCGUAUGACUUUGUUGCCAACGGCCAGGGCUUGGCCUUCACCAGCCGACAGGCAAUCACAGUGAUGGAUGUUGCCCACUGCAAGGAGCCUACCGAGAAUUUCGGCAAUUUGGAGUGCCUUCAGAAGGUGUCAGCUGGCUGCAACUCCAUUGAGGACCAAGACACGUGCUUGGCCAGUGUGGAUGGCAGCCCCUACAAGCAAAUUGCUGGACUCAAGGUUGAAGGUCAGCCCUGCGUCUGGUGCGGUGGCGCGCCCUGCAGCGAGAACGGGAAGCUUUGCGAGCCUCAUGAGUUUGUGACCAACGGAGGAGGCCAUGCAUAUGAUGCCGGAACAGCAGUGUACUACACGGCAGCGUGCGAGGCAGGCAAGCCUGUUAGUCACACCAUAACAAGCCCCAUGGCCAACUACGGGCAAAAUGUGGCGAUCGACUGUGGCAUCCCGAAUCCCAUUUGGUACAAAGUCGGCAAGACCUGCGGCUUCUGCAAGGUGCAGGUGGCAAAGAUGGCCCUGCCGGUGUACAAGAACUGCACUGGAUACUGCCAUGCUCAAGGAUUGAAGUGUGCGAGUGCUGCCAAGGGCCAUUUGCACAGCUGCGACGUCGAGUCUCCGAUGACCUGCGACACGCCCUUCGGUGACGAGACCGGUCCACUCUGUGAGUGCCAACCGGCCCAAGUGAAGGCAGCAUUCAAGGCUGCGCCGCGUCCCACAGAGGAACAGAUGCACUGCCUGAAGGCUGAGGAGAAGGGCUGCUUUGGGAUCACUGACAGGAUCAACUGCCUCAGCAGCAAGGAUGGCGCUACACAAGUUGGCAAAGCAGGCUUCAAGAUUGGAGGCGAGCCAUGCGUUUGGUGUGGAGAUGGGCUUUGUUCGUCUGACUCAGCGGCGAAAUGCGCUCCCUACGACUGGCUGAUGAACGGCCAGGGUGUUGAGUACACUACUAACCACGCAAUUGCAAACUACGAUGUGGCCACUUGCAAGGCAAAUCCGGAUGCGGUCUUCCCAAACCUGGAUUGCCUUGCGUCCAAAACAACUGGCUGCAACAGCAUCCAGGAUGAGGAGAUGUGCCUGAAGAGCAAAGAUGGUCGUCCGUAUGAGUACAUCGCUGGAUUCAAGGCCAGUGGGCAGCCCUGUGUGUGGUGCGGUGGAGGGGACUGCCACUCCAGCAGCACCAACAAAUGCGAACCCUAUGACUUUGCAGUGAAUGGAGAAGGGCAUGCCUUCAAUACCUUCCACGCUGUUGGCACUUACAAGAUGGCUGCUUGCGAGGGUGGAAGUCCAGCAGUGCACUUCUUGAACAGCGGCUUCUCGGAGCAUGGUACCUCACUGCAGGUGCAAUGCGGCUCUGGACCAGCUCCAGUGUGGGCAAAGGUUAGCCGAACUUGCGGCGAAUGCACUGUGAACGUGCCAAACAUCAAGGAGUUCUACUACACUUGCGCUGGCUACUGCAAGUACCAACCUGGCUCACCGCAGUGCGUUGGCGCCUCCAUCGCCUACCACCCAAGCUCUUGCGACAUUAAGAUGGGAGCAUCAUGCGACUUCAAGUUCAACGAUGAACAGGAUGCGAUUUGCCAAUGUGAGAAGGUGUUGCUCCCUCACGAGAAGAUCCAAGCGCUGUAUGCUCAGUGCGGAGGUAAAGAGUGGAGAGGCUUCACACAAUGUGAGGCUGGAGCAACGUGCAACAUCGUCGAUGAGUGGUACUCGCAGUGCGUGCCUAUUUUGGCGGCCAAGCCUGGUGUCAAGUUUACCAGCGGCGAAGCUGAGUUGGCGGCUGCAAAUGCGCCUAUUGGCGACGAAGAAGAGCUCGGCGCUGGCCCUGCUUUGGGUGCUACUGCCGCGGUGGCUGGAGUCACUGCAGUUGGAGCCGCAGCUGGAGCAGCAGCUCCUGUGACGGGGGCCAUGUCCCCUGAGUGUUCAGCCCACCCCAAGUGUGCGGAACUGAAGCUGACAGGGAAUUGCUGCCCGAAUGACGCUGCUGCUGUUCUUGGUUGCUGCACAAACUUUGACCCCACCGCUGCUGUGGCAGCUGUGACUGUUGCCCCAACCUCGUCAGAUGUCGAGGUGGGAACGAUUGCACCUUUGGCAACACCAGCUCCAGCGGACCAGUCCUAUUGGAAGGAUCCCAUGGAGCGUCCCACGGAGGCCGAGCUGUCCUGCUUGCCUGCGGAGCCAAAGGGCUGCAGUUCCAUCCGGGACAAGCUCAUGUGCCUCAGCCGAGUCGAUGGACGAACCGGUUACAAGGUUCAUGGAUUGAACGUUGGCGGAGAGCCUUGCGUCUGGUGCGGCGGCGGGGCUUGUACCGACUUCAGCGAUGCAGUUUGCGAGCCCUAUGACUGGCUCAUCCAUGGCACUGGCAAGGCGAACAAGAACUCAGUCUUCAAGGAGGAAGAUAUGAGCUGCCUGAAGAAAGCGGAGAGUGGCUGCAACAACAUCGAGGACAAACAGGAAUGCUUGAGCAGCAGAGAUGCACGACCCUUCCAGCAAGUGGCCGGCUUGAAGACCAACAACCAGCCCUGUGUUUGGUGUGGUGGCGUGACUUGCCACUCCAACAACGACAACAUGUGUGAGCCUUUCGACUUUGUGAUGAAUGGAGCAGGACAUGCCUUCGGUGUCAACACGAACGCCCUGAACACGUACUUGGUGCCUGAAUGCCAGUAUGGCAAGCUCAUCACGAAGCACUAUGGCAGCGCGAAGUAUGACCGGGGCCUUCCCAAGGAAGUCUCCUGUGGCGACACCACCACUACCUGGAAUGGUGUAAGCAAAGUCUGCGGUGCCUGUGAUGUCACCAUCCCAAACAUCAACGCCAGUUAUGGGACGUGCGAAAAGUACUGUCUGGCACAAGGUGGCAGGCAAUGUGCCUCAGCGGGCUUGGCCUACACUCACAGCUGCGCAGUGCAGGGCGUUGAUUACCUCCUGACCUGCAACAUGCCCUUCGAGGAAGGCGAAGCUGCCCGGUGCCGAUGCCAAGGUGGUGAGGUUCCCAAGGAGGAGGUGGCGAAGACCAUGACAAGUUUGCCACAAAUCCCGUACGCACAGUGUGGUGGAAAAGGAUGGACCGGCCAGACCAAGUGCCAGGUUGGAAGCAACUGCGCAGUCGUGAGCGAGUGGUACAGCCAGUGCUUGCCUGGAGCAUUGUCGAACCCCGACCAGGCUGCUGAGGCAGCAAGCGCAGUGGCCCAGGCGGCUGGCAAGGAUGUGACCACGCAGGCUGCAUAUGCAGGACAAGCGGCCUCAGAAGCUGCAAAGGUGGCUGGCAUGCCCGCAGCGACGCAGGCCACCCGUGCCUAUGUGGGAGCGGCAGGAACUGCGGAUGAGAAGGGGAUCACGAAGGAAGAGGCGAACGCUGCAGGGGUGCAGGCUGUCAAAGAUGCCCUGGCUGAUGCAGGAGUGUCCGCUGAUGACAUCAGUCACAUGGAGGAGCAGGCAGUGAAGGAAGGGAAGGUCAUUGUGUUCGGAGAGGAGCAGAACCCAUCAUCUGGCCCCUACAUUGCUGCCAUGGCGGCUUUCAACGGAGCAAAGGAUUUCGGCAAAAGCAAGCAGGAGCAGUGCCAGAAGGCUUACAUUGCCGCCUACAAGACUGCCAAGGGCAACGGAAAGCUUGGGCAGCAGGCGACCGAGGUGGCUGUGGACGUGGCCGGGCAGGUUGCAGCGAAGAUCGGCUUGACCAACGAGGAGAAGAUCUACUGCUCGGAGAUGGCCGCCAAGGAAAUCACCAAGACCAGCGGCGGCUUCUCAGAUGAAGUGGCCGAUUCAAUGAAGAUCGCUGGAACUGCUGCGGCAGUGGACAUUGGCAUUGCCAGUACUCAGGUUGACCCAACAGUGGCAGCAGUGAUGAAGGACAUUGAGACCGAGAAAGCGGAUGCCUUGCAGACGCCCCAGACCUCGGAGAUCAUGACGAAGUGCUUGGCAGCGGGCCAGGCAGCCGGUGCAAAGGCUCCGGAGGCCGCAGCAGCAGAGGCUGCAGCAGUUGGCAAAUCCUUGGGCCUGUCUGCCAUUGACACUGCCCAGGUGGCCAGGAAGUGCGCAUACGAAGCGGCCAUUAAUGCUGGCAUGAGCCCUGUGGAGGCCACCGCCGCAGCAGAAGCUGCACGAUCCAUGGUUCCUGCCAUCGUGACGGCCCCUUCAGAUGGCUCCGACAUCAAAGCCGGGGAAUUGCUGCAUGGCGGUGAGGACUGCUGGGUUCCAUGUGGCAAGUCGUCCGGCCUUUGUGCAUACUGUGGCCUGGGCAAUGCUUGCUGCCGAACGGACGAGCUGAAUAAGCCAAAGGUCUGCCAAGACGUGGCGAUCACCACUUGGCACCAUGUUUGUGUCAAGCCAGUCCAUCAGCCUUCUGAUGUGGAUGACUUGACCAAGGGCAUGGAGAGUGCAGUCUUGUACACAGAUGCGAGAGCCAAAGCAGAAGAGAUGGCUCAAGCUGCCAAAGCAGAGGGUAAGUCUGUUGAGGAACAGGUGACAGCGGCUUCAGAAGGAGCUAUCGAUAGCAUGAAGGGUGCCAACGCAAAGGUGGUUGAUGAGGUGAACGCGGCCUACAAAGCGGCGCAGGAAACUGGCAUCUCAGGUGGCAUGACGCAGCCUGCUGCGGAAAUUGCGGCCAAGAACGCUGUGGUCAAUCAGCUGCAGAAGAACGGAAUGUCAAACCAGGAGGCUGCAGCAAUCACAGCCGCAACCAGCGUAGCCGUGGGAGGUGUAACGGUCGUGAAUGUGAAUGGAGGAAGCUCUGCAACUGCCUCUGCAACUGCAAAAGCAUCCACUGCUGCUGUUCCAGCUCCAGCAGUUCCUACCGUGGCACCAACAGCGGCACCAGUAACAGCCGCACCAGUAACAGCCGCACCCACAGAUGCAGUGACCUUGGCACCUGUGGCAACGGCUGCCCCAACCGACGUCACUUUAGCGCCGGUCGCCACUGUAGAACCAACUGCCACAGUUGCACCAGUUGCCACACUUGCACCUGCCGAGACUGCCACAGUUGCACCAGUUGCCACACUUGCACCUGCCGAGACUGCCACACUCGCCCCUGUUGCCACACUCGCACCUGCCGCAACCUUGGAACCAGCUGCCACAGUUGCACCCGUUGCAGGUGCCACACUUGCACCCGUUGCAGGUGCCACACUUGCACCCCUGACUACAGUGAAGGUGGAUGUUACCCUGCCACCAGUUGCAACAGUGGCACCUGUCAGCACUGUAGCACCAGAGGCACUCACAAUCGCCACCGCAGCACCUGAAGCCACGAUUCCACCAGUAGUAACUGUGGCACCUGCUGCCCAUGUGGACUUGUCCACGGUGGCUCCCGCUGCAAUCGUCACGCUGCCUCCUGUCAUAACCAACAACAAGGUUGUAGGGUCAGAGGAGACCGGCGCUGUUGUUGCAGCAACUGGCGCGGCUGCAGCUGCAGUCGCAGCUGUUGCACCGAAGCAAAAGCACGCCAUCACAGCGGGACUCCAAGCAGCCGAGCUCAAAGAAGAUGCUGGAAGCGACAUUAACGUGCAGGCGGAAGUUGCUGCUGGUACAGCCGGAGCAUACGAGAUCGGGCAGGGCUCCUCGCAAGAUGUGGCAGAACAAUCUGCCCAGGAGGUCGCCAAGAUUUUGUACUUGAGAUCUGGCCAACCUGAGGAAGAGGCUAUUGCAAUGGCUGAAGAAGCCGCUUCGAAAGCGAAAGAAGAGCAAGGUGGCACGUUUGUCCAAUCUGGAAUGCUGGAAAGGCAUGGAUUUAGUGAUUGUUGGGAGCCUUGUGGAAAGAAACCCGGCUACUGCUCAGACUACUGUGGAUUGGGAAAUGCCUGCUGCCGGAAAACCGGUGACAUCGUUGUGCCACGCGAGUGCCAGGGCGUCUACAGCUUCUACACGCCGCACUAUGAGUGUGUCAAGCCCACCGCAAUUUAUGUCCCUGGAGAUGAAAAGGCACGCGGUCAGGCCGAUAGCACUGGCGCAGUGGUGAGCGGCACAGAGGAGACGGAGACGACGCCAGAGGCGGAGGACACUGGCUUCGGCACUGGCGCCUACAUUGCAGUUGCUGCCUGUAUUGCAGCCUGCUGCUGUGCUGGAGUUGCAGGCACCCCUUGCUGCAAGUGGUGCCAUGGCAAUGGCCCCAAUGGCAAUGGCCCCAAUGGCUGCUGCUCCAGCAGCAUCCAUGCGCCUGGUCGAAAGCUCAGCUCAGAAAUGUCCAAUUCAGAGCGGAGUGGCGUGGAGUGGCGGAGUGGCGGAGUGCCAGGCAGCUCCAAUCCAGAGCGCCACCGCGGUUCAGUGCCCCCGGCAGUAGGGACUGGUCAGAAGUUGUGGUGA